CGCCUCUUCUACUGCACAGUGCUCGUCUGCUCCAAAGAGAUCGCAGCUCUCACCGAUUUCUCCGGGAGGACCCUGGGUGUCCACCUGACAAAGCUGGAGGCUGCCUACCCUUCCUCAGCCCAGCCCGGGAAGCAGCUCUGAGUCCUGUGCUCCUCCUCUGGGAAUCUUCUGCCAAGCCCAGGCUUUACUGGACCCUAGAGCAGGACCUGUUGCAGUAGAGCUGAGGUUACCUAACCAAACUCCUGCAAAACCACACCGCCUAUGCCUGUGAUGGGGACCAUUUGAAUCUCCAGUGCCCUCGGCAUUCUACGAUAAGUGUCCAAUCAGCAUUUUAUGGGCAAGAUUACCAAAUGUGUAGCUCCCAGCAGCCUGACUCCCAGAGGGAAGACAGCUUAAACUGUGUGGCACCCACCACCUUGCAGAAGGUGCUGGAUGAAUGCCAGAACCAGCGGGCCUGCCACCUCCUGGUCAAUAGCCGUGUCUUUGGACCUGACCUUUGUCCAGGACGCAGUAAAUACCUCCUGGUCUCCUUUAAGUGCCAACCUAAUGAAUUAAAAAACAAAACCGUGUGCGAGGACCAGGAGCUGAAGCUGCACUGCCAGGAGUCCAAGUUUCUCAACAUCUACUCUGCGACCUACGGCAGGAGGACGCAGGAGCGGGAUGUGUGCUCCUCCGAAGCAGCGAGGCUGCCCCCCUACGAUUGCUUAUCUUACUCAGCUUUACAAGUACUGUCCAGAAGGUGCUAUGGGAAGCAGAGAUGCAAAAUCCUUGUCAACAAUUACCACUUCGGAAGCCCCUGUCCGCCAGGAGUGAAGAAAUACCUCACUGUUACCUACGCGUGUGUUCCCAAGAACAUUCUCACAGCGAUCGAUCCAGCCAUUGCUAAUCCGAAGCCUACCUUGGAGCAGGAGGAUGGUGGACAUGGUAUAAACUUCGACCCAAGCGAAUCAAGGGUUCUGCAGAAAGAUGGAAUUAUUGUUAGCAACUCCCUGGCAGCAUUUGCUUACAUUAGAGCCCACCCUGAGAGAGCCGCCCUGCUAUUUGUGUCCAGCAUCUGUAUCGGCCUGGCCUUCACACUGUGCGCCUUAGUCAUCAGAGUGUCCUGCACCAAAGACUUCCAGGAACUGCGGCUGGGGAGGGAGCACCUGGUGCCAGGAAGCAACAAGGCUGAGGAGGACAGUGAGGACGCCAGGGAGGAGGAGGACUCCUCUGACUCUGAAUUUCCAGGGGAACUAUCGGGGUUUCAUAGGACUUCAUAUCCAGCCUACAGCUCCAUAGAGGCUGCAGAACUGGCAGAAAGGAUUGAGCGCAGGGAGCAAAUCAUUCAGGAAAUAUGGAUGAACAGUGGUCUGGACACCUCACUUCCGAGAAACAUGGGCCAGUUCUACUGACAACCAGAUGCAUCUUCAUGUGAUCACACUUUCUGAAGAAGGGAGGAUCCAAAAUGUCCCUCCAGGCCUGUUUCACUUGUACCUUCUGUGAAGGAGAAUUUGUCGUGUCACCCAAGACUGGUGAAGCCAGAAAGCUGUCGAAGUUCAAACUGUUUACAGCACAUCCCAAAAUAAAUUAAGAGAGUAGAGCUCCUUUUGUUCUAUACUUAUUUGAAUUCAUAUCUAUAUGUUAACGAGUCUACACGUAA